AUGGACAAAGCCCAGUGCGUGGAGCUCAUUCGAUCGUGCAAAAGCCUCCCAAUGGCCCAGGAGAUCCACAAAUGCAUCCAGGCGAAUCCACCACUCCCACCACACGAGAGCCUCUUUGUCUCCAACAAUCUCCUCGCACUGUUUAACCAAUUUGGCAGCCUCGUAAAUGCCCGAAGCGUCUUUGAUCGCAUCGAGAACAAGGAUGUUUUCUCGCUGGUUCUUAUGAUCUGCGGCUACUCUCGCAGUGGGCAAGUUUCCAAUGCAAAAGCCAUUUUUGAUUCCAUACCCGAGAAGAAUCUUACAAGCUGGAACACUAUGGUGGCAGCAUAUGCCAAGAAUGGGUAUCUGGACGAGGCAGAAGUUUUGUUUCAAGAGAUGCCAUUUCAUGAUGCCGUGUCAUGCAACACGCUCAUAGCUGCACACUCGCAAAGAGGGCAUUUGGAUACUGCAAAGGGGAUCUUUGAUGACAUGCUUUUUAAAACUCUACCAUGCUGGAAUGCCAUGCUGUUUGCAUAUGCCACAGGUCGGGAUCUUGUACAAGCAAGACAGACAUUUCACUCAAUGCCUGCUCGAAAUCUGAUCUCUUGGACAUCAUUCUUAAACGCACUAAUCAUGGAGGAAGAUCUUCAAAUGACUAGAAAAUGUUUUAACGAAAUGCCCUGCUGGAAUCUGUUUGCCUGUAACUCAGUACUUUCCGCAUAUGCCCGAAAGGGGAAUCUUCUCGAAGCCAUGCUAACCUUUGACACAAUGCUCGAGAGGGAUAUAAUCACUUACACAAACAUGCUGGAAGCUUUCAUCCACAACGGUUGCCUCUUUGAAGCCAGCAAUUUGUUCUCGCGGAUGCCACAGCGGGAUCUCGUGGCCUACACCGUAAUGCAAUCGGCCUACGCUCAAAACUGCGAGCUCGAGAGAGCCGAGGCCAUCUUCAACUCCAUGCCGCAGCGUGAUCUGGUCGCUUGGAACGCCAUGAUCGGGGCUUACUCCCAACACGGCCGAGUCGAGCAAGCAAAGUUUCUCUUUGAUUCCAUGGCCGAGAGAAACUUGGUCUCCUGGACCUCAAUGCUCACGGCUUACACAAUAAGUGGCUACUUCUCGCAAGCAAAGCUCGUCUUUCUCGACAUGUCCGAGCAAAACUCCGUCUCGUGGAAUGCCAUCCUUUGCAUGUAUGCUCAGCACGGCCAUUUGAGCUCCGCAAGGAAGAUUUUCGAUGCCAUGCCCGAGCAAGGAGUGGUAUCAUGGAGCGCCAUGCUCGCUGCCCACGUGAGAAACUUGUCCUCUUCCCGUGCUCUCGAGCUCUUUGACGAGAUGAAAGCUUUGCAUUGUCCCGACGAAGCUUGCUUCUUCUCGGCUAUGGUUUCGUUUGGGCAGCAAGGCUGCAUCUCCAGAGCCAAGUCUUGCUUUGGUUCCAUGGUGGCCGACUAUGAAGUGGCGCCAUCAAAGCAGCACUACUGUUGCAUGGUGGAUUUGCUCGUUCGAUCUGGGAGAAGUUUGGAGGCCGAGGAACUUGUGUUGGCCAUGCCUUUUGAGCCCAGUAACUUGGAAUGGUCGUGCUUGCUACGUGAAAGAAACUCCAGCUCGAUGUUAAUCACCAGAGGCAAGCAUGCUUUAAGAUCAAGUUCCUCAGAUGGAGCGAUAGUCGAUUGGCUUCCUGGUCAGCCCAUGGUCAGCCUUAAUCAGUAUGCUGGAAGAGGGGUGUGGUCUCUUCUACUGGUUCUAUGA